AUGCCGGGAAAAGUCCCAGAGGAUGAAUCCAUGGUCGAUGCGCAACCACUCGAAGACCAAGAAGUUGAUGUAGAGCAGCAAGAAUAUAUUGAGGAUGAAGAGGACGAAGAAGACGAAUACAUGGCUAAUGACCAGCAAAGAAUAACCAUUCUUCCUGGCGCCAUUGAGACAGCUGCCUCGUUCCAGUUCGAAGGCGAAGAUCAUACUCUUGGGAAUGCGCUACGAUACGUCAUUAUGAAAAAGUGA